GUCACGUUGUUCGUCCAGUGACGGUCCUUGUGUGCAUAAUGACAACCGGCACAUGGAGUCAAAUCGCGGCAGAUGAACUUGGUUUAUUUACAAGCAAACGGGAGUUUGGUUAUCGUAAAACACGCCAGAUUAAUUCUCGAUGGCGAACAUUUUGCUGAGUGAAGCUGAGAAAACAUACAUCCUUCAUGGAAUACAAAAAAACCUCCGAAACGAUGGACGGACUAAUCGCGAAUACAGACCAAUGGAACUGGAGUCGGAGAUAGUCGUUCACGCUGCCGGUUCGGCUCGUUUGCGAAUGGCCAACACGGAUAUACUGGUCGGUGUCAAGGCGGAAAUUGACACACCCAUCCCCGACCGUCCCAAUGAAGGCAAGAUAGACUUUUUCAUCGAUUGCUCCGCCAAUGCGACACCGGAAUUUGAAGGCCGCGGCGGUGAGCAGCUGGCCACGGAAAUAUCCACCACCCUGGCGAAAGCGUACGAAUCGCGCAAUGGUUUCGAUCUGUCCGCUCUGUGCAUUAUGGCUAAGCAUCAGUGCUGGAAGCUGUACGUGGACGUGCUCAUUUUGGAGUGUGGCGGCAAUUUGUUCGACGCAGUAUCGCUGGCAGUGAAGGCCGCUCUGUUCAACACGCGCAUUCCGCGUGUUUCUACCGCAAUGCACGACGGUGGCUCGAUGGAUCUCAUACUUACCGACGAUCCGUACGAUUGCGAGCGGUUGGACGUGACGAAAGCGCCCAUACUGGUAACAGUUUGCAAGAUCGGUGAUCAGUGCGUUGUCGACCCUUCGGCCGAGGAGGAAGAAUGCAGUGUGGCAAGUGUAGCUAUCGGCGUAUCGUGCGGCUCGGAUGGCAAGCAAUCGAUCACGACGGUGCACACGGCCGGUGAAGGAUCGAUCCGAUUAGAGACGCUUAGAAAGUGCUUCGACAUGGCGACCAGCGUUGGGGCAACGCUCAAUCAAGCGCUGAUGGCGGCACUGCAGCAGGACGAGCAAAGAAAUUCCAAAGGAUUGGGAAAGCGUGAAAUUUUUGGAUUUAUAAAGUAAAACAUUUUUGUUAGAGGAUGCAA